AUGGAUCACAUACCGUCGCUGCCCAGAUCCCACAAGGGGGACACAGAAUUACUGAUCUGGGUCGAUCUGUUCACGGGAUAUGUGAUCGCGAAGGCCAGCUCGUCUCGAUCGGCCCAGACGGUCGCGGAAUCGUAUGAAGAGUGUGUAUUUCGGCGAUUUGGUGCCAGUGAGAUGAUCCGGCACGAUCGAGAACCCGGCUUCAUGUCUGAUUUCUUCCGGGCGUUUAACAAGAUUUUGGGACAGCGGCAGCGGGCGACGAUGGCAUAUCGUCCACAGGCAAACGGGACGGCUGAGAGAAUGGUGCAGACCGCGACCAGAGCGCUCAAGAUAUUGAAGGAGGCCAUCUCGGAUCGAGCUGAACGACACAACGAGGACGCAGGAUCACAUCAGAUCGAGGCUGAAAAGAUCAACGAAUUCAGCGUCAAACUCGAGAUCGCAGGAACAGGAUAUCAAAUCUUCCCAGUGGUACAUGUGUCGAAGGUGAAACUGGUCAAGGACUUUCCAGAUCGACCACGCGUGGAGCUGACCAUCAAUGAGGCGGAUCGCCUCGAUUUUGACGAGAUCUUGCUUCCAGAGGACAGUUGGGUUCCAGAUCUGGGUGCUGAUGAGUAUGAAGUCGAGCGAAUUUCGGAUGUGCGGAGUGGAAAGAAGACCCGAUUUGGACGGAUCUACCGGGAGUUCCUGGUUCAUUGGAUGGGAUAG